UGCUUUAGGAUCUCCUUUCUGCAAAACGUGCUCUCUCUUCCAUGCUUAUGUUAGCUGUUGAUAGCUAUGCUGCUCACAGAAUGAACACAUGGAGCUGUGGAAUAUUAUGGAUUUCUGUCAGACUGUUUUUGAAGAUGCCUGCAUCAUUUUUUAAGGAUAUCAUUAUGAGCGAUGGGUUAGUCCGAAUCACCAAGCCUGUCUCACUGGCUCAGCGGUACCUUUCUGGAGGUAUUUUUGUCCUGCUGGGGACUCCAGGAAGGCAUUAAAAGGCACCAUUCUCUCUCUUUUAUUGUUUUAUUUUUUUUUUUUUUUGAAAAGGCAAAUCUGAAAGCUAAAAAUCAAAUGAGAAUGAGUCCUGGAGGGAGGCAUGGUGUUUAUGGCAGGGUGUUCAUCGCUGGCUGUGGGCUCGCUGCCGAGUUUGUGCUGACUGAAUCUGUCUGACUGGUUAAAGGGGGGUGGGAUGACUUUAUUUUCGGAUUGCUCCUGAAGAGUUGGAAGAAAAAUGAAACAACUUCAUUUGAACUCUGAGAGAGACAGCUGUGUGUAUAGCUGAUAGAAGAACCGCUAAUGUUUUCCAGAGCGGGCUGUUCCUCUGUGAUGCACUUACCGGAGCUGUGCUGUAAGAAUCGGCAUCCUUCUGCCAACACGUUAGUGGUGGAGAUGAAGGACCUAGCUUGUACUUCUGACUCCUAUGUGCAUGAACAAAGCCCCAGCAACCAGACAUCAAUUGCAAUGAUGCAAGAACCUCAGGAAAUGGUGGAAGAAACAGUUACUGUGGAGGAAGACCCAGGCACUCCGACUUCCCAUGUGUCAAUUGUCACUUCUGAAGAUGGAACCACAAGGAGAACUGAAACCAAGGUUACCAAAAUGGUCAAAACAGUCACCACCAGAACAGUACGUCAGGUCCCGCUUGGACCCGAUGGCCUGCCGUCAAUGGAUGGCUCGUCUCCCAUGGGCAGCUACACAGAUUCAAUCGACAGAAGGUACAUGAAGAACGGGGAGCGGUACAUCACGCCACAAGCAUCGUCCACGUUAACCAGAUCUUACAACAGCUACAAUGAUUCUUACCCUGACAGCCACGAAGGCCAGUAUCGCCCUUAUAUCACUCACGAUGGCUAUGGAGAUCUAUCAGACAACUACGGCAGCUUGUCCCGUGGUGUCAACUACCGUCCUCGUUACGCCUACGUGCCGGGAAACAGUUACCGGCCAGACGAUGGUAGCUUCACUUUGCCAAGCAGAAGGGAUAACUACGGACCGGUUGCCCAGCCUCAGGUGCCAGUGGGCAGCAACGUUGACUUGAACCGCUCUCAGCCAGAACGCUUCCAGCCGGAGCCCUAUGGACUGGAGGAUGAUAACCGCAGCCUUGGAGUAGAUGAUGAAGGAUACGAACUGGAUCCUGAUUAUUCUACUGUGAACCGAAGGACAUCUGCAGGAGUGUCAGAGAGAGGAAGACCUCAUAAAGGAAGGGGCUACGAUGACCCCAUCGAGACAGAGAUGGUUGAAGAAAGGAUCCCUUACCUUCAUGGUGGCUACGCAGCACCGCUGGCACAGCCAGAGAGAGGAAGCAUGGCUAGUAUUGACCGCCUGGGGAAGCGCUCACCCUCUAUUGACAGCAUUCGUAAAGACCCCAGGUGGAGGGACCCUGACCUCCCUGAAGUCAUCGCCAUGCUCAGCCACCCUAUUGAUCCAGUCAAGUCCAACGCCGCGGCUUACUUGCAGCACCUGUGCUAUGAGAAUGACAAAAUCAAAAAGGACGUGAGGCACCUUAAAGGGAUACCCAUCUUGGUGGGCCUACUCGACCAUCCGAAGCCGGAGGUCCAUCGUAAGGCCUGUGGGGCUCUCAGAAACAUCUCCUACGGGAAGGAUAAUGAAAACAAGGUGGCUAUAAAGAACUGUGAUGGCAUCCCCGCUUUGAUCAGACUUUUGCGAAAAACAAAUGACAUGGAAGUCAGAGAGCUGAUUACAGGCACCCUAUGGAACUUGUCUUCCUACGAGCCCCUGAAGAUGGUCAUCAUCAACCACGGCCUGCAGACGCUCACCAACGAGGUGAUUAUACCCCACUCGGGCUGGGAGAGUGAGCCGAACGAGGACUCGAAGCCUCGCGAUGCUGAGUGGACGACUGUCUUCAAGAACACUUCUGGUUGUUUACGGAACGUAAGUUCAGAUGGAGCAGAAGCACGCAGAAGACUAAGAGAGUGUGACGGCUUGGUGGAUGCCCUCCUUCAUGCCCUACAGUCUGCAGUUGGCAAGAAGGAUACGGACAAUAAGUCCGUGGAGAACUGCGUGUGCAUCAUGCGGAAUCUUUCCUAUCACGUCCACAAAGAAGUCCCCGGAGCUGAUAAGUAUCAAGAACUAGAUGCCAGUCAGACUACGAGCACAGGCGGCUCUCAGAAAAAGAAGAAAGAUGAUGCUGGUUGUUUUGGUGGAAAAAAAGCUAAAGGAAAGAAGAAUGGAGAUUUGGACAGGAAUUUUGAUACACUUGAUUUGCCUAAGCGGUCUGAAACAGCAAAAGGCUUUGAAUUACUGUACCAGCCAGAUGUGGUCCGCCUGUACCUCUCCAUCCUCACCGAAAGUCAGAACUUCAACACUCUGGAAGCUGCAGCGGGGGCUUUGCAGAACCUCAGUGCUGGCAACUGGAUGUGGUCCACGUACAUCCGUGCAACAGUGCGGAAGGAGAGAGGCUUACCAGUGCUUGUGGAGCUGCUCCAGUCUGACUCCGACAAGGUUGUAAGGGCUGUGUCAAUUGCUCUGAGAAAUCUUUCUAUGGAUCGCCGCAAUAAAGAUCUUAUAGGUAGUUAUGCCAUGGGUGAGCUGGUAAGAAAUUUGCCCAGCAGGCAGCAGAGAUCCGCAAAGAACCUGGAAGAGGAUACAGUGGUUGCGGUGUUGAAUACGAUCCAUGAAAUCAUUACUGACAGCUCAGAAAAUGCAAGGUCUCUGAUCCAGACACAGGGCAUUCAGAAGCUGGUAGCUAUCAGCAAGUCAAGCCAGUCUCCUAGAGAAACAAAAGCAGCAUCUCACGUUCUUCAGAUGAUCUGGAGUUACAAAGAACUACGAAAUGCCUUGCAGAAGGAUGGUUGGAACAAAUCACACUUCCAGUCUGUUUCUGCAACUCCGAAGGGUUCCAAGGGUACUGCUGGCAGGUCUGCCUAUGACGACAGCACUUUGCCUCUGGUGGAUAAAAGUCAAGAUAACGAGAAGGCUGGGAGUCGUGAUAUGAUACCUAUGGAUGAACUUGGCCCAGAUGGGUACUCCACCAUUGAUCACCGGGACAAGGAGCGCAAGUACAAGACCAGCGAUAACACAGGAGAUGCCUCAGAGAAAGAACCUUUAAAAGGCUAGAGUCCAACCACAUUUUUUUUUAAUUGAGGGGGAGGAAAAAAAAAAAACACUGAAUUGACACAGAGGAUUUCAUCAGUCACCACUGCCAUUCAGAUCUGGAGGGCGCUGCAUCACUGACAAGGCCGCAGAUUCUAGGAGGAUGUGGGGAGAAAACACAACUGACUGCCAUUGCCAACCCCAGAGCACCACGCCUUACAGCGAGAUGAAUUUGCUUUUUAAAUCAGUUCUAUUCCCACCAGACAUAGCCGCCUCCCCCCUCCCUCCCGCUCCUGCAAGAAGAAAGCAUGCAAGAAGAGAGAAUCCAAGCUUCCAUCUAGCUGCCUGCACUCUUAGGUGACUCUUAUGUGUGGAUGGUGUCGAGUAUGAGAAAUGAAGGUCAUGCAGCAGCAGAGGACAGCUUCACAAGUGAAAGAGAAACUGCAGAAUAUUUGAAAUAAUAUCAUAGGUGUAGUCAUGAAGAUAAUAGCACUUUUCUGCUUUGGGUCUCAUUGUUUUGUUUUAUUUUUGUUUUGGGGGAUUUAUUUGAACUGUGAAUCUAACAUUUUUUAAGAGUUUUUGAAAAAUGUUGAGGUUUUCUCCAUUAUUUCCACAGGAAGUGCAGGAAUGUUGAGUUGGAUUUAUUGAAUUUCAAUGAAGAGAGAAAAUACAGAACAAAAAGUAUUAAAUGCUGGUCAAAGGAACUGGAGAGUAGAUAAAAUUGAUGCAAGCUGUAUAAUCUGCUUUUAGAGUAAGCUAUAUCAAUCACAGUGCUAUAUUAUCGUUAUAAUCUGGUGUACAAUACUUCUGCCUUUUGAAUUCUGUAAUGGAUCUGUUUUUAUUUCCACAUACGGAAAACAGUUCAUUGAAGGUUUCAGCGUCCCCGGUUCAGAAAUCUAUGCUGAGAAGUGGAGUUGGCUGACUUUAUUUUCUUGUUCUCAAAGGUUGCAGUAAGGAGCUUAUACAUUUUAAAUGUUGCAUUGAUAACAAUUAACAAUUUCGUUUGCCAUAGCUCUUAACACAUUGGAAGAAGUAGGAGCUUCUUUGCGGGAUUAUUUUGAGCAUGCUAUAAGUUUUAGAUGGGUCUGUCACUUACAUUUGGUGGUAAAUUUAUCACUGUUGGAUCCAUGUUUGCUUUAUGGGCUGUGGAUCCUGAUGAAAAAUGCCACAAAGGGAACUGGUUUGGCGUUUAAGUCAUCAUGAUUUCUGUGUUCCUUUGGUUUUGUUUUGAGAUUACAUAUUUUAGUUGGUAUGAAAAUCAUCAUGUGCAAAAGUUCUCCUCUUAGAUGCCAUGGCAUGCUCUGGACAGGGAGGAAUUUUUACCUCAUGAGAACAUACGCUGCAUGUACCAUAUCUGGUAAUACAACAAACUAGGUGACUUCAGAUCACUGAUUUUUCUCCAGGCAUUGGUCAAGGGAGGGCAGCAAAAGAGAGUAAGAACCAAGCGUCUCACUAGUAGCAUCAGAGGACUUUUGCUGGUUUUGUUUGGUUGCCGCUGUUCUUGUAUGCCACACUUAAUUCUAAACAAGCUCCUAAAAAUGGUGCAACUGGAAAGCACAUUUUUGAACCUAGCAAACAUCAUUUGGGGUUUUCAGUGCCUGCUGUUUCCUUUGUAAUUAAAAAGGAGAAAUAUUCAACAACCGUGCAUCACCCAAAAUAUUACUGUAAUAAUUAAUGUCUGAAGCUUUUGUAAAAAAAAAAAAAGGGGGGGGAAAAAAAAAAGCAAGUACCUAGAGCUUUGUAUCUUCUUGAGUAUAUUAAAUUUGACAUGAAUACAUAUAUAUAAAUAAAAAAAAAUCUAUAUAUCUAUAUAUAUAUAUUGUUGUGCAGAGGCUAGGUUAACAAAAUCGUGUAAAGUAGUUUGCAGGAGAGGGAAGCAUUUGUUGAUUCAGGGAAAAAGACUGAUGCCAGAAGCUGUCAGUGAUUUGGAUGACACACGUGCUCCUUCGGCCCCUCCCUUUUGACCCUCAUCUUCUACGUACAUUACAGUGGUCACUUCGGGAUCCUAGAGAAGGUGAAGUCGCUUGGAGCAAAUUAAGAUAGCAAAGAUGGGGGGGGAGGGUCACCUGCAUGAGAGUCCUGUUGGACCAAAGAUGCUUAGCAGAUCAAGGGAAACAAAGAGAUGCGUCUGUGAUUAUCUGCAUUUGUGUCAGGGGCAGUGUCUCUCUGUGUGUAGACAUAAAGUGUGGCAAUGAAACCAGAAACAUAGUCUGACUGUAUAUUAAUUAUAUCAAUGGUGCUCUUUUCAUACUUGUUCUGCCAAUACGCGGAGACCCUUUUAACCAAGCUACACAGAAACGUUUUAUAUCACUUUUGGUUAUGUAUUUGGUGUAUUCUUUUUGUAUAUGAAAGGAUUUUUUUAAAAACGUUCAGUAAUUAGCAAUGGAACCUGCUUUGUAGCUAAUUAGAACAGUGUAAGAGAAGGGCCAUGCUGUCAGUCUGUCCCUGAUCUACUUCAAACCAUAUAUUUACCAAAGGAUUCUGAGCAAAAGUUCACUUAAAAUAAAGACCUGACUGUUGGCAGAGACUCCUUUCAAGACUUUGUGAUUUAGCGGUUGUACAAAUAUUUCAAAGCCAGCAAGAGGUUAAUAGAAAACUGCAGAAAGGCGGAAGUGACAUGACUCGGGGCUGAUGAUGUCCAUAACCUCCUAUCCCAGAUACCAUGUGGCUUUCAGUGGGGCACUACGGGGACAUUCAAAAUCUGGUUGGGAAUCUACUCUGGGCUCUGUCACUAGUGAGCCUAACACUAAGGAGAAGGAGCAAAUUCAGACCCUAUCCGACCCCCUCCCCCCCAAGUGCUUUUCAUAUUUAUACUGCAUCUUGUGAUAAGCAAACAAAGUUCCCUAUCAGAUGAGACGGAAUUGGCUGCCCAGGGUCAUUGUAGCAAACUGUUCUUCUUUCUUUUCCCUAGGGUAAGUGUUCUUGGCAGCCAGGGUUCUUGAGAGUUGACAACAUGUUUUACUGCAACAGGAAAGCAAAGGAUAGUGUACCAAGAGGUGAAAUACCAAAUCCAUGUGCCAAGACUUCCCCUGGGAAUCACGUCUUACCCUUACCCUUCCCAUGCCUUACAGUAAUGAUUGAUUCCAAGGUAUGUAGCAAUAACCAAGAACCCAUCAUUUACAUUACUGUGUUUUUCUCUUCUCACCAAACUUGCUUGGAUGUUGAGGAAGGUAAAUGGACUAGGGGUGACUUGCAUAUGAGACAAUCACCUUGUAUUAUCAGCUCACCAGCCAAAAUCUGUAGCAAGAUUCGUUGAACCAGGUCUGGUGAUUUAUCCAAUGCCCUUGUUAUCUGUGGCAACAAGCUCACUUCUGGAAGGUGCUGGUGGGAUGUGCACCCACGCCUGCCCCUACCUCUCCCCUUGUUGAUGUGUGACUGGGCCGUUUGAGCUGUUCUGGGAUGUGGGUAAAUAAACCAGUAAUUGUUGAGUUUAUUUUGGCAGCAGGGACUGUAUGUUAAGAAGGGAAAGUGGCAGUGUGUGUGACUAAAGCUGCAGUAGGGUCUAGAGCCUCCUGCUAAAAGGCAGGCAGCGCUUUUUAGGGCUCAGGAAUGUGACCUCCUCUUUUUCUGUUGGCUCCACUGUGAAAACUGGAGGCAAUCUGCCUGCAAAGGGAUGGGGUAGAAGAGAUUUCUACAUGAAGAAAUUCUAGUGUGAGGGGUGGUUGUGGAAGGAAGAGAUGAUGUUGCAAGACUCCUAAUAAAGAGGAGGAAGAGAGAUGAUGGUCCAGUGAGGGCUGAGAUAACACGGGGAGGGGAGAGACGUCUGAUGGCAAAUAAUAACUGCAGAACUUUCAUCCCAGGGAGGUGGCUUGCACGUCUCCCAGGUAUAUUCAAUGAACUGUGGAGGUUAAGAACAGAUAAUCAAAAACAACAAAAUCACUUAAUGCUGAUGGGGCCAUUAUGUGUUAAGACUCCCCUGGAGAAGCAUCAAGUUUGGCUGCUGAACACAUAGCAAUUGUGCUUGCGCUUACAACUUCCCAGGUUGGUCUGCCUGUGCAGAAUCCAGAACAAAGGCAAGGCUUUAGAACAUUUUGUUUCUGUCUUGGAGAUAAAUAGUAAUUUAGCCAAAAGUGUAACUUGACAAAUCAAAGAUGUGUUGCCAGCUUGAAAUGCUCCUUAGGGAACGAUUUGUGCAACCAGAGGUCCCGAUCUUCUGUGUCCUAUGGGCAAAACACCUGCCUAUCUUGGUUCUCCUCUUGUGCACUCAGACAUGCAGAUUCUGAAUGUGUGCAUCAGGAAAGUAAAUCGUGUCCCCUUCGCCAAGGCAUUAUAAAAGGGAUUGACUUUGGGACUAGGACCUGACUUGCUGUAAGUGAUGCAUCAAGAAGGCAGGGGUGGCAUGCUUGUUAGAGUCAGUCAGUAGGUUCUUGCCAGCUCUGAGGAGUAGUUUUCAGAGAUGCUUUCUAGCAUGUGUGGUUUAUGCUGGGCAAAGCAGUUUUCACUCCUACAGCAAGUUUUGUGAGCUUGAAGGUGGUGAGUUACCUUCUGUUACUUGCCUUAAAGUUGAGCUUAUAGGCUUAGCUACCUGUGAGAGAGGCACAUCUUAAACCCUUAGAGUAAGCAAAGCUUCAGAAGCCAAACGGGCACAUUAGAGAUUGAUUAUAGUCUCUUCUGCUAACUGCCCACUCAGUGAAAACUAUAGUGUGCCAAUAGGUUCAGACAGCAGUUUUGUGCUGUCGGGGCUGGAUCAUGCUCUCACCGCUUUUGGAAGUAUUUAUAUAGGCAUAGUUUCUCGCUACCUAAGUUCGUUUGUUUUCAUGCCCCUAAAAUCUGGUUUCUCUUUGACAGAGAAAUUCUCAGAUUUAUUGGUACAGUAACUAAUCUAGUGCAUUUAAAGGGAAAGGUGUUACAAUCCUAUUUUAUUCUGUCUCGUUUUACAUCGGGGUAGGAUGUUAGGUCCAACUGCAAGGUGAGGAGGAAGAUAGUGCAGAUACUACAAGGCCUGCCAACCUGGUUCUUACUGUUCAGAAAAGCAAAGUAACUAGACUAAGAAGCUUACUGGUAAUUAGUAGCUAAUGUGUUUGUAACUAUCAUGUGCCUUAAAAUUUUCAUGGUAGGAGAAUAAAAAACAAAUCAACAAUGUGUUUUCUGUAAUACUACUCAACAUUCUCUCUGUAGUUUAGACUGGUGGGGUUUUGCAUUGUAUUUACACUGUACUAUAAACUGAAACACUUAGAAUGGUUUGAUUUUACCAGUAUGGAGAGGAAAAAAAAAGGUGGAUUAUGCUUUUCAUAGAACAAAUGUUACCGUGACAGAAUGUAUUAUUAUUAUAGGAUCUUUCCAUAAUGCAGACAAGUAGAAUGCUUGUUAGAAACCAGGUAUGUAGGAUAACAAUUUGGUGUGUUUUCAAUAAACCAUGCCUGGAAAGAAUA